CAUUGCAAUCGCCGGCGAACGGAACGCGAUCAUCGUCGGCCGCAACAUCACGUUCGACGACUGCUCGCCGCCGCCGCUGAUCGUCCGUUGUGUUCAGUUCGUGCCCGCGCGUUAUCGCCGACCGUCGUCCGUCGUUCUUCGCAAUGCAACACUAAUAAUAACAAUACAGCGUACACGCCGGAAUUCCCGUUGCCGGUCCUUUGUCCGGCGCACCGAUUUCGUCUAAUAAUAACGCCGUUGUUGUGUGUUAUGCAAAACGGCACAGUUCUUACUCGAUAUUACGUAAAAUCGUUGCGCACCUGCUGAAGCCGUCUCGCGUCGCACGUUUUUCCCUAACCUCGUUCACCCCGUCACCGUCGUCCGUGAAACGUUUCUGUACACUCGGUUUUAUUCCAUUUCCCGUCACCGUUUCAAUCGUCUGCCCCUGUAAAAUCUUACGUUACCGCCGAUCCGUACGAUCUGAACCACCGGCUCGUGCACCAAGAACAUUAUCAACAAUAUUUCUAUCACGCUCGUGUAACGUUCAUAUUUUGAAUUUUAUCAGUUGGUUUCUUGUUACGCAUCAACUUCGGUAUUUAUAUGGAGUUGGCCGAUGUUGAACGGUUUUGCGGUUCGCCUUUUUGGGACAACAAUCUAUCGUGGAACACCACAGAUCCCGAUGUUACGCUGUGUUUUGAAAAGACUGUACUUAUUUGGGCCCCGUGCCUAUUCCUAUGGUUAUUCUCCCCGUUAGAAAUAUAUUAUUUGUUACACAGUCAAUACAGGGACAUACCAUGGAACUGGCUCAAUUUAUCAAAACUGGCUGGCGCAGCUAUAUUAUGUCUUCUUUCAAUACUCGAUAUUGUGUAUGCAAUAGUUCAGUAUUCCUCUGGGAUGCCCAUAUAUUCUGUGGAUUUUUAUACACCAUUAGUAAAACUAAUUACAUUUGGAUUUGUAAUGGUUUUAAUUAGUGCCAACCGUGCAAGAGGUUUAAGAUCAUCUGGAUUAAUAUUUUUGUUUUGGUUAUUCUUAGCAAUUUUUGGUGCAGUUCAAUAUCGAACAGAAUUUCGACAAGCUUAUUCAGAUUCACCAAUAGAAAAAUAUCCAUUAAUAAGUUACAUGGUAUACUACCCUCUUGUUUUGAUACAGUUUGUUUUAAAUUUCUUUGCUGAUUCUGAACCUAGGCUAUCAAAUUAUCCUCCUGUUGAAAAACCGUGUCCUGAAAUGAAAGCAUCAUAUCCAUCACGCUUAUUAUUUUCAUGGUUUGAUGAAUUAGCAUGGACUGGUUAUAAACAUCCUUUAGAUACUAAAGAUUUGUGGAGUAUGAAUCAUGAAGAUAGUUCAAGAGUAAUAGUCCCUAUCUUUGAUAAACAUUGGGAACGUUCUUUAAUUAAAGCUAAGUUAUUAGAUACUGCAAAAGCAUCAUACAUUAAACAUAAAUCUGAUGGAAGUAUUGAAAUAUCACCUACAGAAUAUUCAAGAAUUACUCAUGAUAGUAAAAAUCAUAAAGAAGCAUCGAUUCUCCCUGCUUUAUGUAAAUCAUUUGGUCGUACAUUUUUAUUUGGGUCAUUUCUAAAAAUUAUUGAAGAUUGUUUAGUUUUUGUCAGUCCCCAAGUUCUUAAAUAUAUGAUAGCAUUUGUAGGAGAUAAAGGUGAGCCAUUAUGGAGAGGUUAUUUUUAUGUUUUUCUUAUGAUGUUAACUGCAACAUUACAAACAUUGAUAUUGUCGCAGUAUUUUCAUCGUAUGUAUCUUGUUGGUUUGCGUAUUCGAACUGUACUUACCUCUGCUAUUUAUCGAAAGGCUUUAAGAAUUUCAAAUACAGCUAGAAAAACAUUUACUGUGGGUGAAAUAGUGAAUUUGAUGGCAGUUGAUGCUCAUAGAUUUGUCGAUUUGACUACCUAUUUGAAUAUGGUUUGGUCUGCUCCAUUCCAAAUUGCUCUUGCAAUUUACUUUUUAUGGCAAUCAUUAGGACCCAGCGUACUUGCUGGUUUAUUUGUGAUGAUUGUUUUGAUACCAAUAAACGGUGUUGUUGCUGCUAAAGCAAGAAAUCUUCAAAUCAAACAAAUGAAAAAUAAAGAUCAAAGAGUUAAAUUAAUGAAUGAAAUUCUUUCUGGAAUUAAAGUCUUAAAAUUAUACGCUUGGGAACCAAGUUUUGAACAAAAAGUAUUGGACAUCCGAGGAAAAGAAAUUAAAGUUCUUCGUACUGCAGCUUACUUAAAUGCAGCUACUUCAUUUAUUUGGGCUUGUGCUCCAUUUUUGGUUUCAUUGGUAACUUUUGCUGUAUAUGUAUUAUCUGACGAUACCCAUAUAUUAGAUGCACAAACUGCAUUUGUUUCUUUGUCUCUAUUCAACAUUUUACGUUUCCCCUUAUCAAUGCUACCGAUGUUUGUGUCAAAUUUGGUUCAAUCUAGUGUAUCUAUCAAGAGAAUUAAUAAAUUUAUGAAUUCUGAAGAAUUAGAUCCAGAUUCUGUCACUCAUGAUUCCGAUGAAAAGGAUCCACUUGUUAUUGAAAAUGGUACAUUCACAUGGGGUGAACCAACUGAAGAACCUACAUUAAAAAACAUAAACUUGCGAAUCUCAUCUGGACAGUUGGUUGCUGUAGUUGGCACUGUUGGUUCUGGUAAAAGUUCUUUGGUGUCUGCUUUUCUUGGUGAAAUGGAUAAAACUUCUGGUAGAAUUAAUACUAAAGGAUCAAUAGCAUAUGUACCACAGCAAGCUUGGAUUCAAAAUUCAUCUCUGAAAGAUAAUAUUUUAUUUGGUCAGUCAUCAAAUGAAAGAGCUUAUAAUAAAGUUAUUGAUGCAUGUGCAUUGAGAGCUGACUUCCAAAUGCUACCAGCUGGUGAUAAAACUGAAAUAGGCGAAAAAGGCAUAAAUUUAAGUGGAGGUCAAAAACAAAGAGUAAGCUUAGCAAGAGCUGUUUACAAAGAAAGUGAUAUAUAUUUCUUAGAUGAUCCAUUAAGUGCUGUUGAUUCACAUGUGGGGAAACAUAUUUUUGAAAAAGUUAUUGGACCUACAGGAUUAUUGCGUAAAAAGACUAGAGUUUUGGUUACUCAUAGUGUUACAUAUCUUAGAGAUGUAGACCUUAUUGUAGUUUUAAAAGAUGGGAAAAUAUCAGAGUCUGGCACAUAUAAAGAAUUACUUGAUAAAAAAGGGGAUUUUGCUGAUUUCCUGAUACUGCAUAUGCAAGACCAAAGUAUUGAUAAAGAUGAUGAAAUUGAAAUUGAUAAAUUACUAGAAGAUGCACCAGCAGAUUUAAAAGAAAAAUAUGUCCGGCAAAGAAGUGAAUCAAAUUCUAAUGCUUCAAUGCAAAGACAAAGAUCUAUUGAUUCUGAAAAAAACACUCCUCAACCUGUUAUAGAACAGCAAGCUAAACUUAUUGAAGUAGAAAAGUCAGAAACAGGCAAUGUAAAAUGGGAAGUUUAUGCUCAUUAUUUGAAGUCAAUUGGACCAGUUUUGUAUAUAACUACAAUCGUACUAAGUAUUAUAUUCCAAGGAUUUUCAAUUUCGUCUAAUAUCUGGCUAUCAAUAUGGUCUAAUGAUAACAGUGCUCAUAUUAAUGGAAAAGAAGAUAUAAGUAAAAGAAAUUUGUAUUUAUCUGUUUACGGACUACUUGGAUUUGGUCAAGUUUUUUCGACGGUGACAGCAGCAAUCGCUUUAUCGUUAGGCACAGUAGUUGCUGCUGAAAAGUUAUAUCAAUUGAUCAAUGAACGAAUAUUCAAGAAUCCACUAAGCCUGUUUGAUACAACACCUAUUGGUCGUAUAUUGAAUAGAGUAUCUAAGGACAUUGAUACUAUUGAUAAUGUUUUGCCAUUCACUAUAAGAUCAACUAUUCAAACUGUAUUUUCGGUCAUUGGGACGUUGGUUGUAAUAAGUUACAGUACACCUGAGUUUGUUUUCGUGAUUGUUCCUAUUGGCAUCAUAUAUUAUUUUAUACAGAGGUUUUAUGUUGCCACUUCACGUCAACUUAAAAGACUUGAGUCUGUAUCUCGUUCACCAAUUUAUUCACAUUUCAGUGAAACAGUUACAGGGGCUUCAUCAAUUCGAGCUUAUGGUGUAGAAUCCAAAUUUAUACUUCAAUCUGAACAAAAAGUUGAUUUCAAUCAAACUUGUUACUAUCCAAGUACAGUGGCUAAUAGAUGGUUAGCAGUAAGAUUAGAGACAAUUGGAAACUUAAUUAUUUUUUUUGCAUCGGUGUUCGCAGUAUUGGGAAGAGAUACAUUAAGUCCUGGUAUUGUUGGUUUGUCGAUCAGUUAUUCUCUACAGAUCACUCAAACUCUUAAUUGGUUAGUUCGCAUGACUUCUGAAGUUGAAACUAAUAUUGUAGCAGUAGAACGUAUUAAAGAAUAUGGAGAAACACCUCAAGAAGCACCAUGGGAAGUACCAACAAAUUUGCCACCUAAAGAUUGGCCAACUAAAGGUGAAGUUGAAUUUAAAAAUCUCAAAGUGCGUUAUCGUGAAGGAUUAGAUUUAGCAUUGAAAGGUCUAGAUAUAUUUGUAGAAGGAGGUACCAAGGUGGGUAUUGUUGGACGUACUGGAGCUGGAAAAUCUUCCUUGACUCUUAGUUUAUUCCGUAUUGUUGAAGCUGCUGAAGGAUCAAUUUUUGUCGAUGGCGUUGAUAUAUCUAAUAUUGGAUUGCAUACAUUGCGUAGUCGUCUCACAAUUAUUCCACAGGAUCCAGUAUUAUUUUCUGGAACAAUAAGAAUGAAUUUGGAUCCAACUAAUAGUAAUUCGGAUGAACAGUUAUGGAAUGCUUUAGAACUAGCACAUUUGAAGACGCAUAUCAAAGGACUAAUAGGUGGUUUGGACCAUGAAGUGUCUGAAGGAGGAGAUAAUUUAAGUGUGGGUCAAAGGCAACUGGUAUGUUUAGCAAGAGCAUUGUUAAGAAAGACAAAACUGUUGGUGUUAGAUGAAGCAACAGCAGCAAUCGAUUUGGAAACAGAUGACCUUAUACAAACAACUAUACGAUCAGAAUUCAAAGACUGUACAGUAUUGACAAUUGCUCAUCGUCUAAACACCAUUAUGGAUUCUGACAAGGUAAUAGUUUUGGAUAAUGGUCUUAUGGUUGAAUACGACUCGCCAACAAAUUUACUAAAAGAAAAAACAUCAGUUUUCUACUUGAUGGCAAAAGAUGCCGGAUUAGCUCAAUAAAUGAAUUUAGUAUUUA